AUGCUCAAAACCAACCCUGCAAGAGAGAAUAUCAAACGAGGUACAACCAAAGCUCACAGUCCUCUCAAAUUAUACAAUCCAAACGGGAACACGGGCAGCCCCCGCUCAGAGAGUCCUCUGAAGGCUGCAUCUGGCAUCAACCCCCCGCCUCCUGUUUUGACUAGACCAUCCAGUCCUCUGCGUUGUAAAAGCCCAGUUAGGGACUCUGCUAAUGUCAAAGUUGCUGUAAGAGUCCGUCCUUUGAUUGCAGAAGAUGCGGAAGUUUCCUGUUUGCUUUCAAUGGCCGGACAAGAUACGUUUUUGUCUCCUGACCCAACAAGCACUAGACAGCAAGAAAAGCGUUCAUUCACAUUCGAUAAAUCGUUUUGGAGUGCAUCGAAGGACAGCAAUUUCGCGAGUCAAGAGGACGUUUACGAGUUAUUUGGCAAAGAGUUUUUAGAUCACAGUUUGGAGGGAUACAAUACAUGUAUUUUUGCCUACGGUCAAACAGGUUCAGGAAAAUCAUAUACUAUGAUGGGCACCGAAUCGGAGCCUGGAAUUAUUCCUCAGCUCUGUUCAGACUUGUUUGAGCGAAUUGAGCAGUUGCAGGGCAUCUCAAGUGUUUCCGUGCGAGCGUCGUUUUGUGAAAUUUAUAACGAGCAAGUCCGUGAUCUUUUGAGCAACGCGAAAACCAGCACUAAUCUCAAAAUCCGAGAAAACUCUUCAAGAGAGCCCUAUGUGGAAGGUCUUUCUGAGUUUACGGUGAAAAAUGUAGCUCAGGUCUUGAAGUACCUGAAACAAGGUAAUGCUAUCAGAGCCACUGCUUCUACCAAUAUGAACAGCCACUCCAGUCGAUCUCAUGCUGUAUUCUCGCUCGAAAUCAGACAAUUGACUUAUGAGGAUGGCGGGACUGAGGAAAAAAGAUCGCUUCUUCGACUCGUUGACUUGGCUGGCUCCGAAAGAACAAACGCGACCGGAGCAACGGGGCAAAGACUACGAGAAGGAUCCAAUAUCAACAAGUCGUUGGUUACUUUAGGCAGAGUGAUAUCCGCGUUAGCAAGUGAUCGCCGGUCAACCCUUCAGGUCAUUCCCUACCGCGAGUCAGUUCUCACCAGGCUUCUCCAAGACAGUUUAGGCGGAAACUCGAAAACCGCUAUGAUCGCCUGUAUAUCCCCUACAAACUAUGAGCAAACUUUGUCGACAUUAAGAUACGCGGUACAGGCCAAGCACAUCACCACAGAGGCCCGGGUGAACCAAGACCGUAUUGAUUCUGAGCAGCAGGGAGCUCAAAUUGAGGAAAUGCAGAAGCGGUUGAAUGAUUUGCAGCUCAAACUGUCCAAGCGAGACCAGCCAGAUGAGAGUAGUGUCAUCGCGAAAGUCGCAGCCACCGUCCGGUUUUAUGAAGACCGUGCUGCACUACUUGAAGCACGUUGCCGUAAGUUAGAGCAGCAAAACGACCUGCUUACUGACAAGCUGGAAAGAACGGCUCAAAUCUUGAGGACUUCUGGUCAGUCUCUCGCGGCCACAGGCGUAGAUCGAAUUCAAGCCCUAAUUUCCGAAUAUACCCAAUUUGGGCAGACUUUAUCUCAGGACCGCGAAACUGUUAGCAACAGACUUGACUAUUGGACCGCCAUUCUAGAAGCUAUGUAG